CGGAGCCGCAUCACAGCAGGUAGAAUAGUUCCGGGAUUAUUUUUUUAAACACACACACUCACACGCGCUCGUGUUUGUGAUAUCAAACCGCGUUCGCGUGAGAUUCCUUCAGUGUUGUUGUUUGACUCCUCGCGGGUCCGGACUGGUGUGUCUCUGUGUGUGUGUGACUGCAUGUGUGCGUGGAGGACGACUUUGCCAUGGCUGCGACACCAACUUGUUGAUGUUGCCAUUGAAGUUGAUGACAUUCAGGAAUGUGAAGAUGCCAAAUCCUGUCGCCUCCCUCUCUACGGAAACGCUCAUCUCCAAAACUUUCUCCUUGGACAUCUUUUCCACCAGCGUACUCCCCACAGACCCCUUCCCAGCGGCCGGCUUCAACGCCACCAUCGGCAACUUCAGUGGGAUCGGAGUCCUCCGCUGCACCUAUAAGGAAGAUUUUAAACGUAUUCUGCUCCCUGUCGUUUACACGCUUGUUUUCCUGCUCGGCCUUCCUCUCAACUCCGCUGUCAUACUGAAGAUAUGGAGGACGAGGCCCAAUCUGUCCAGGAACAACAUCUACAUGCUCAACCUGGCCAUAGCCGACUUUCUGUAUGUGAUGUCACUUCCUCUACUCAUCUACAACUACGGCAGCCAUGACUACUGGCCUUUCGGGGAGUUUGCCUGUAAGCUGGUCAGGUUUCAGUUCUACAGUAAUCUACAUGGCAGCAUCCUCUUCCUCACCUGCAUCAGCGUGCAGCGCUACGUGGGCAUCUGCCAUCCUCUCGUGAUGUGGCACAAGCGGGGCAGUCGCAAGUUGACGUGGUGCGUCUGCGGAGGGGUUUGGCUGGUCGUCGCCAUCCUGUGCGCACCCACGUUUUACUAUGCCGAGACGGGAAUCCAGCGCAACCGCACUGUGUGUUACGACUUAAGCCCGCCGAAGCUCUCAUUGGCCUACUAUCCUUACGGUAUGGCUCUGACCUUCUUCGGCUUCUUGUUGCCUUUCAUGGGCGUGAUGGCGUGCUACUGCCGGAUGGCCCACAUCCUCUGUCGCCCAGUGUCCUACCAGGGUGUCUCCAUGGCGAGUGCGGAUAAGCGGGACACGGCGGUGAGGAUGAUCAUCUUGGUGGCGGUGGUUUUCUGCAUAAGCUUCCUGCCGUUUCACCUCACCAAGACCAUGUACCUGGUGAUACGCACCCUGCCCAACGCGCCGUGCGACACCAGGAACUUGUUCUCAAUCAUCUACAAGAGCACCAGGCCGUUCGCCAGCAUGAACAGCUUUCUGGACCCAAUCCUGUUCUACUUCACGCAGCCGCGGUACCGGCAGAGCACCCGGAGGUUUGUGCUCAGAGUCACCACACUCAGGGAAAAAGGCACGAGUGUGUGAGCGAACUUCCAGUCAAACUCUGCAGCAGGACUGGUGGUUCACCAGUGAUGGAUCCUAGGAUUCUGCUAAGACUUUAUUUUCACUGUAACGAUGAAGUUCACCUUCCUCAGAGGAACUAAUGGAUUUAGAGACACUUGUUUAUCUUUUAAGUCGUGACUUGCAGUAUAGGAAUGUCGCACUAUGAGCGAUAAACAUAAACUAAGAAAAGCAGGAGGACAAAAAGAAUCAUUUCCUGCUCCUAAGUAAACCCCUUGUAUUUGGGCCACUUAAAUGGGAAAACAUUUCAAGAAUCAAAAAUGGUGAUAUCCUGAGAGUAAAGUCAUAAUUUAACAAGAGGAAAGUCGUAUUACGAGAAUAAAGGGAAAAACAUUUUCUUUAGAAAAUAAGUAGCAAGGCCACUCUGUCCUUGUUGGAAUUUUUCUCCAUCUGGAUCCAAAACUUGAACCAAUCUCAAUGUUUGUUUACAAACAACCUCUUUGUCACAGAUGUCGUGAUCAAAGCAGUCGACCACGAACAAACAUUUCCUCCUCCACAAAAUAUGCAAUUUUCCCUCCAGUCUCUGUGGUUCUUUUUCAGAAUAGACACAGGUUAAGCCUAACCGCCCCACAGUCAUGAACUGUGGUUAAUUUAGUUUUCCCGAUAAGUGGCACCUAAUACCCAUAUACAUAUAUAUAUAUAAAUAUAUUCAUAGUCCAUCACCCUUACACCACUCACUUUUAAUAUUUUUUUCUUUUCAUGUUUGUUUCUCACUGUGAAGUGUACAGUAAAGAUACACACGCUCCUCUCCCCCAGCAGGUCUCCACAGGUAUAUAGGACUUACAUGUGAUGUGGAGGUGGAGAUGUACAUAGUGAAGGAGAGAAGAACUAAUUUAAUUUUGGGGAUAAAAUCCACAGUCGUCGCUGAGCCAUGUAAAAUGCUCAGAGUGACUGUCAAUGUUUAAGACUGCAGGUUGUACAUGAGGUACCUGUGUGUGGACAUUAAGAGGCACUGAGGAGAGACUCCCCUCAUGUUCAAAAAUGAAAUAUGUCGAAUGAGCUCUUUACAUUUAUAUGAAGGUUCCCCUGUUCCUUUCUUUUAUAAAUGACAUGAUUCUACAUUGUCCAAGCUUUAGUGCAUGUAAUUGCAUAUUGUAACAACUAGAUGGCGUGUGCACCUCACUACUGUUUCACCACUGCACUGAAAAGUAGGACUUCACAGCAGUUUGGGGCAAACUGAUGUCAUCAAGACUGGUGUCCAACUUAUGACACAAAAUAUAUUCUGUCAAUGCAUUUACAUUUUUUCAUCAAUGUGUUGUUGAGUAAACAGAGAAAAUCCUUUUUAAAUGUGUGUGCCAACAGAGGUGUUUACACACUAAUACAUAACCUACAUACAUAAUCCUUAAUUAUAAAAAUAAUUCACAAAGAGAUAAAACAUUUGAUUUAUCCACACUGGCAUCAGCAAAAUUAAGGUACAAGCUGCCGAUAUCCACUUCCUGUCAACAUGUGAAUUAGGAUUUCUGUUCCAAUACAUCAGCUCUGUGGAUGGAUGUCAGGUCUUAUACAGAUGAUAGAGUAGAGUAGUGAUAAUAGGGAAUAGAGAGAUUUUUAUAAAGAAUGUAUGUAACUUGAAAGUAGACCUCUAGUGUGCAUGUGGCAUGUGUAGUACUUAUACUGUUUCUGUAACCCGAUACAUUACAGUCCAAAUCUGUUUACAUGAUGGAAAACUUUCAACUAUAUCCUUCCCCCAUUUGUUUCAGAUGUUCUAAGUUACUGAGUUACUGAGUUUAUGAUUUGAUCUGUAGUUCAUGAAAUGAAUAUACAGUAAAUGUAAUGUAAAUUAAUGUUUCUUCUAAUUGCAUUUUGCAGGAGCUUAAUGUUAAUUUAAAUCAUUAUAAUUUUCUAUAUUUUACUAGAGCUUAUUUUUCCACUUACUAUUGGAUGUCGUCUUUCAGAAAUGGGAUUUAGUGGAAUAUUUUCCUGUUGCUUCUCUCGACAGCUGAAUCCUUUGUCCCUGGGCUGUUGUUAAGUCCCAGACAAGCACCUUUUCACUCUUUGGUAAAGAGUUCUAUUUUCUUUGUGCAGUUUCUCCAUUAUUUUAGAAAUAGUCAGUCUGUGGUUCAUGAUGAGAUCUCAGCACUGCAGAAGUCUUAUUCCCAUAAAGAUGAGUAAACCUUGAACAAAUUUAAUCAGAUUUUGCACUACACGUAUAUUGUGUUAUUUAGCUACUACAUUUACUAUCAAGAUAAAUUAAAUCUGUUUAUAAAAUGUACUGUAGCAGGGUAGUUUAUUGCUGAACGUGGUCAUAUAAGUAAUUCAUUGGCUCUUUAUGAGCUACAUCUGGCUCUUCCAGCCACUAGACCGUGUCAUGUGGCCAUCUCAGAUUUUAAAAUGACCAGAAUAUACUAAAAUAAAUAAGGUACUACCUUAACAGUUCAAGUUAUCAAGUUCGAGUUGUACAUGUGUACAUAGGGAAACUAGAGUUGUGUUUGAGUUUUGCACCCAUGCUUUAAGAAGUGUUGCAAAAGUUGGUUUAAUGUGAACAUGUAAUUCCAGAUGCAGUGGACAUUUUGACCACAACACAAGGUUUUGUGUUUAAAUAUGUUGAUGUGUGUUUAUCUGUACAGUGUUAAUUUUCACUAAUGCGCUGAUAGACUGCACCAUUUAGUUUUUCUCUAUGGGGUCAUAUAUUUGUGAAAUGCAUUGUGUGUAUUUGUGUGUAUGUGUGUAUUUGUGUCAGUUUCGAUGUAUCCAGAUGUCUGUGUACUCUGUCAAAAUAUUUGUGUCAGUCAGUAUUAUUUAGAAAUUUCUUAUUUUUGUAAAAUACUUAAAGUCAGGAUUAGAUUUUUAUUUUUGUGACAUAGAGAUGAUUAUGUUGACGAUAACAUCUAUGUUUUCUCAUAAUUGAGUUUUUUUGUUGAGUUGUUGUAAAAUGUCCUCCUCGUUGUAAUGAUGUAAAACUUAUUGAAAACAGCCAUUAAAAAGUCAUGCAUACAUAAA